AUGGAAAUCUCAACGAAAUUUGGAGUUUUAGCAACGGUGGUAAAAGAAUUCAUAAUAAUAGCUUAAGAAGCUCUAAAUUUUCUAAUCUUAUUAUUGAUGAGGAAGUGAAAAGACUAGAAAGACGACAUCAAUUAUCUAAACGAAUUUGGCAAAAUAAUUUUUCUGCUCCUAUUAACGAAAAUUUAACGGCUGGUGGGGCUAAAGUCCUAGAGAUUGGAUGUGGACCUGGUACAUGGACGAUUGAGAUGGCUAAAUCAUAUCAAUCAUCUACAUUCACCGGUGUAGAUAUGAUUCCAUUAUUCCCACAAGAAAAGAAACCCGAGAAUGUAAAAUUUCUUCAAGCAAAUGUACUUGACGGCUUACCUUUUUUGGACGAUACGUUUGAUUUCGUGUAUUUGGGCCAAUUGGUAACUGCGUUCACCGCCACUGAAUGGGGAAAGGUUAUUCCUGAAAUAGUAAGAGUAACAAAGCAAGGUGGUUGGAUAGAAUUUAUGGAAAGUGAUUUUCAAUAUCAUAAUGAAGGUCCUACAACUGCGCGUUUAACUGAAUCUUUAAAAUUAUUCAUGAAAUCAAGGGGAAUUGUCGAACCUCUGGAUUUACAUAUACUUAAAACCAUGGAAGCGAACGAAAAAAUAGAUAAAAACAUUAGAACUGAAGAAAGAUCUUGUUUUGUUGGGAAAUGGGCAGGUGAACUUGGCCAAUUGGCUGUUGAAGAUAUUACCAAAGGGUGGGCUGCUGUCAAAUCACCAAUGACGAAACUAAUGAGGAUAAAAUCUCGCGAAUACGAUGAAAUAAUAGUAACUUUUGCCAAAGAAGUUGAACAAAAUAAGACAUAUUUUAAGAAUUGGCGAUUUUUUGGUCAAAAGAUUGUUACUACCCCUGCAUUCAACAUAUCCACACCAUG